AUGUUUGACUCUUCUGUUGGACCCGCCAUUCCGCAGAGAAGGUCAGCGAGGACCGUUUUGAGCCCUAAGUCCAGACAAGAACAACGAAGACGUUCUCUUCCUACUGCUUCUCACCGGGAUGCUAAACGACGAACAUCGAACCGCGUUGUUGUCAAGCCUGCAUCAACAGAAGUGAUAUCGUCCUUAAUAGAGACCCUGUCUGCGAUCUCCUCGCCAGCGGAACACCACCUCGACUCCCUGCCCAGCAUAGCUAGUUCCCACUCAACACCAGCCUCGCCACGUCCAUGGCAAGCGGGAUUUCCUCUAUUCACCGGACCCAGCAGCGGUGCUCCUCAAGGCGACUCAAUGCGACCAUCUCUCUCUGGAUCGGGAACAGACUUCGAUGCACAAAAGAGACCUCACGGGGUGCACGAUAAUUACUUCCUACAUCCCGACCGCUCGUCAAUUAGAAGUUGGUCGCCUAGGCGCAUCUCAUCGGACAAAUCCUUACGAGAGUAUGCGAAGGAACCGACGGAUCUCUUUGAUUUGGGAGGAGCAUAUAGUAUUGGGAAUCUAAGCAUCGAGCCAAAGCCUUCAACCACAACAAUCGACUCCGACAGAAGUGAAGGCCGGAAGGGUCUUAAUAGUUUUGCAAGUUUCAGGAACUUGGGCUUGAAGGCUUCCAGGGACUCGUUGCCUGGGUCCAACGGCCUCGUUGUCCUGAAGCCUAGGUCGGAAGCGAAGCGCACUCGCGAGAGACUUAUAAUAAGGGAUACACCUCCAGGAUCACCCGGACCAGAUCAGCUGUUUGUGUCGAAACGAGGCACCGGCGAUCGGGUGGCGGUAGAGCCUCCCAAUAUACCGACUCGAGCAUCAUCCGUGCAGUCUAACGGGUCUCCGGGAAGGUUGUACGGGAAUCCGGAGGAAAUGGAUGGCGAGCCCAGCGGCAGCAAAAAAAGAUACAGCAUACCGAACGAAGACAGCAUCCCUACCCGGAGUUCAUCCAUACGCCAUAGCCUGCGAUUGAGCCCAUCACGUCAUAGUAGGAGAUCUCAGCUAUCUGAGAGUAGCAGUGGUAUGGAGCCCAGCAAGUCGGUAUUAGAAAACCCGCCUAAUAUCCCAGAGCAGACGCUUCAGGAAGUGCCUGAUGAGCUGGGAGAGGAUUCAGUAAAUCGCAGAAUCAAAGAGCUCAAGGACCAGAAACUUGAAAGAGAGCGAAGCUCAAUGGAGAGCCCAACGGAAUUCUUCUCGGCCCCGCAGACACCAAAUCGGAGUCUUGCGCCUUCUCCAGGUCCGGUCGCUCCCCAACCAACAUCUAUCAGUGCCCUGCUACUGGAACAAAAGACCGAUGCAGUCGAGGUCCCAGAACCCAAGCUUAUGGACGAUACUGAGAGAAGCGCCCCUGCGCCGGCAAUCGCGCAGAGGAUCAGUAGACAUAAUGGAGUGCGAGCCAGCUCCGUGGAAGCCAAGCCAGCUACCGUAACAGAUUCUUCAAUCACUUCAAGAGAUGGUGACAAAAGGCCAUCAUUUGCUUUGCCACAGAGGUCCAAUUCUCGUCUAUUGAAGCGCUUCUCUCGGCCCAUGAGUCCCGCACCUGCGGAGAAACGGAGGACAGUUUCCAGUAACUUAUUGGAGACCAAGCGCAAUACGUCUUACCAGAUUGAUGAAGCUGAUCUAGUAAGUGAUGCCGUCAACGAGUAUCUUCUGUCUUCCAGGUUGUCCCAAAAGAUAAGCGAUCCGCAGACAGGGCGGGUAAUAUCCUUUUCUGAAGUUGGGGAUCCUGAAGGCUCAGUGAUCUUCUGUUGCGUUGGAAUGGGUCUGACUAGAUUCGUCACGGUUUUCUACGAUGAGUUGGCAUCUACACUGAAGCUUCGACUUGUGACACCUGAUCGUCCCGGCGUAGGAGGCAGCGAUCCUCACACAGAUGGGCUGGAUACACCGUUGGGCUGGCCCGAUGAUGUGCGUGCCAUUUGCCAGCAUUUGAAAAUUACGAAAUUUUCAAUCUUGGCCCAUUCUGCGGGUGCAGUAUAUGCUCUAGCUACCGCACUGCGGAUGCCUCAACAUAUCCGUUGCCGAGUACAUCUACUCGCUCCGUGGAUUCCGCCAUCUCAAAUGUAUACCAUCGGCGCUCAGCAGGAGCCUUCGCCAGCAAAGUCUCUUCCUUACUCGCAGCGUUUCCUGCGGUCUUUACCCACGACCUUUCUUAAAGCUGCAAACUUGAGUUUUCUCAACGCUACGAGCGCAAGUGUCACCACCACCCUCCCCAAAUCACCUCGUCGCUCCAAGCGCAAGAGUUUCAUUUGGGGUGGAGCAGCGGUGCCUGAUAUCCAGGAAGCUGCAAAUGGUGGUGACCGGGAUGCUUCUUUGUCUCCCACACUCUCCAACUGCGAAAUGGCAGACUUCUCCAAAGAGAACCGUCCUUCUAGUCGUCGCGUCUCGAAUUCAACGAAUGGAAGAUCUACCGCUCAAAUUCAAAAAGAACGGCGGUCGAUAUUUGAUGCUCGACUGACAGAAGCUACCUGGGAUGCCGCAACGACUGGGGCCAACCCAGCGGUCGAUUUGCUAGUCUGCCUUGAGCGGCGCCAGUCGAUUGGCUUCAGAUACGUUGAUAUCACGAGGUCUGUGGUCAUUCACCAUGGCAGCAGGGACAGUAGAGUCCCUGUGGACAAUGUCAAGUGGUUGGGCAAAACAAUGAGGAGGUGUGAGGUUCGGGUGUUGGAAGGCGAAGGACAUGGAUUGAUGGCUUCAGCUGGUGUAAUGGGUAGUGUUCUGAUGGAGAUGGCACAAGAAUGGUCUGAUUGGAAUCGAGUUGUCAAAGGAAAGGGAGGUAUGGCGUAUCGCCAGGACUUUGAAGAACGGGUCGCCAUGUCUCGCCCGAUCCCCUUCUCCGAACCCCCGUACCUCUGUGGGUUACCCUCGCCCUACUAUACGCCGUCCCACCUCCGUUGGCAGAAGGCGUGCCGAGCUUUUGUCACCGAAAACCUCCAUCAAUACGCCUUAGACUGGGAGCGUGAGGAGAUCGUUCCUCCUCAUGUCUUCCAGAAGUUUGCGGAUGCAAAUAUGCUCCUCCCGAAUUUAACAGCACCGUUGCCAGUCCAAUGGCUGAAGAGAUUGGGCAUAAAUGACAUACUGGGCGUAGUGAAGGUCGAGGACUGGGACUACAUCCAUACAGCUAUCUUCUGCGAUGAGAUGUCACGGAGUGGGUUGAUGGGGCCUGGAGCGAGUCUAACAACAGGCAUGGCGUUUGGCGUUCCUCCACUACUGAAGUUUGGUAGCCAGGAUCUGCAAGAAAGGUUCAUACCCGAGCUUCUACUGGGGAAGAAGAGGACGUGCAUUGCUAUUACGGAGCCUGGAGCGGGAAGUGAUGUGGCUGGCAUUGAGACUACAGCCGAGAAGACGAAGGAUGGAAAACAUUAUGUGGUAAAUGGGACGAAGAAGUGGAUCACAAACGGGAUAUGGUCGCACUACUGCACUAUGGCUGUUCGUACUUCUGGGCCUGGCCCUGCAGGUCUGUCUCUUAUUGUGGUUCCUCUCCUUGAUUACCCUGGCGUCAGCAUGCGGCGCCUGAAAGUAAGCGGGCAUUUGACUAGCGGGACCACCUUCAUUGAGCUCUCUGAUGUCAAAGUCCCCGUUUCCAAUCUCAUCGGUCAAGAAGGCCAAGGCAUGAAAUACAUCAUGACGAAUUUCAACCACGAGCGCUUGACGAUCGCUAUUGGCGGUACGAGACAGGCAAGGGUGGCACUGAGUGCGGCUUUUGAGUAUUGUCUACAGAGGGAAGCAUUUGGGAAGGUCCUGAUGGAGCAGGCUGUUGUAAGGCAUAGACUUGCGAAAGCCGGGGCGCUAUUGGAGAGUCAAUGGGCCUGGGUGGAGCAAUUCGUCUAUCAGAUGACGAAAAUGAAAAAGGAGGAAGCGGACGUGGAAUUAGGCGGGCUGACGGCCAUGGCGAAAGCACAGGCUGGGAUUGUGCUGGAUGAAUGUGCGAGAUGUGCAGUCAUACUAUUUGGAGGCAAUGGGUUUACCACGACAGGAAGGGGCGAGAUUGCGGAGAGGAUAUACCGCGAUGUGCCCGGUGCGCGUAUCCCAGGUGGUUCAGAGGAUGUGAUGUUGGAUCUGGCAGUACGACAGCUGGUUAAGAACUACACCAACCAGACCAAGCUCAUGGAGCGACCGGGAGGAUCAUCGAAACUUUGA